CAAGGGGCCAAAGUCUCGUGGGUGUGCGUAGCACCAUUCAGCUGUCCCGGGAGGUCAAGGAAGGCUCCGGCCUGGCUCAGGCACCGUUGGCACCGCCAGGCCGCCAUGGUCCUCGGCUGGCUGCUGCUGCUGGUGCUGGCGCUGCCCCCAGGCACAAGGAGCGUCAAAGACUGCUUCUUCUGUGAGCUGACUGACUCCCUGCACUGCCCCAGCACGCACAUGAGCUGUGGUGAAGAGGAGGACUGCUUCACGGGCCACGGGGUGGCCCCAGGCUUGGGCCCCAUCACCAACAAAGGCUGCCUGCGCUCCACCAGCUGCGGCCAUGAACAGCCCGUCAGCUACAUGGGCGUCACCUACAGCCUCGUCACCACCUGCUGCUAUGGCAACCUGUGCAACACAGCCCCGCGGCCCGCAGGCACUGGGAUGGCAGGGGCCACCACUGGCAUGGCACUGGGUUUGCUGCUGCUGCUGCUCCAAUAG